AUGGAUAGCAUAAUCAAAGAUUUAGAUAUUAACAGCAAAAAUGUAUUCCCCACCAAUUCAACAAAUCUUUUUGCUGUGAUUGUACAUAGCAACUGGUUAAAAAAGUGGUUAAAAAACUUGGAAGUCGAUAACUCCGUGAAUAACACUGAUAUUCCUUUGCAACCAGGUGAAAGUGUUCCUUAUCCAUGGCGAAAAAUAUUUAUAAGGGUAAUAAAUAAAAAAUGUUCCAAGGUUUUGCCACUACCAAGGUAUAAACUAAAUGAGAGCAAUGUAGAAUCGCCUCUUACCUUUUCCCAGUUGCUUCAGUGCAUAUCUCAAACAAAUCAAAGAAAUUUAUGGAAAGAGUCUUUUAAAAAAUAUUGUCAAAAUAAUGAAAACAGUAAAGAGACCACUUUAGUUAAUCUUCUAGAACACGAUCAAUUAUUGUCUGAAGUGAUAUUGAGAUUAUAUGGCUGUAAUAUUAUUAGGGUAAGGAAUGACACCAAAUUCAAUGAGUACAAAGAUGUGAUAACUAAUAAACAAAUUUUAAAAUCCUAUGAGCCACACGUAAAUUUGUUAUCUGCCAUGGUCACAUUGGAAACUGACAAUAAUUAUUUUAUACUGUACAGAGGACAUUAUGAAAAUCAUUUGUUAGACUGUCUUAAUUUCAGUCCUAAUUUAAUUGAUAAAACUUAUGCCCGUGGGCUGUUUAUUGUGUAUCAGUUACUUAAUGUUUCAAAAGCUAUGUGCGACAGAGGCCUAAGCUUAGGAGUGCUUAAACUUCAAGACAUUUACUUGUCUGAGAAUCUAUGGUUACAAGUGAUACCACCAAUAAUUAAUAAUAUACAUGCCUUAGACACUUCUCUUAUUUAUGAAUACAAUAGAAAUAAGCAAAAUAUAGUAGCCACAAAUCACAUUGCAUGUACAAAUCAAAGUGAUGAAUUAAGUUGGCACAAAGAAGCGGUGCAAUUAGAAAAAUUGUGUUUGCUAUGGAUGAGAGGGAAAAUUUCAAACUUGGAUUAUCUUUUGCAUCUAAACAUUUUAGCAGGGAGAAGUGCUAAUGAUCCACAAGCUCAUUUUAUGGUUCCUUGGGUUACGGAUUUCACUUCAAGAUGUGGCAGAAACUGGAGAGAUCUGAGCAAAUCAAAGUAUAGACUGAACAAAGGUGAUAGACAGCUGGACAUGACGUAUGAUGUUACAAGUGCCAACGGUCAAAUACCUCACCAUGUAUCAGAUGCGCUCUCUGACAUCACAUGCUAUGUUUAUUUAGCGCGCAGAACACCAAAGGAGAUCUUAUGUAAGCACGUACGUAACAAAUGGGUACCGGCAGAGUAUCCCGCUUCCAUUCAGCGCAUGCAGGAGUGGACACCGGAUGAGUGCAUACCGGAGUUCUACACUGACCCAACUGUCUUCAAGAGCAUACACGAGGACCUGCCGGAUCUAGGUCUACCAUCAUGGGCCACUUGCGCCGAGGACUUUAUAACCAAACACAGGGAAGCGUUAGAGAGCGCCCACGUAUCGGAAAACUUGCACCACUGGAUCGACAUCACUUUUGGGUACAAGCUGUCUGGCUCGGCGGCUGUUAAAUCGAAGAAUGUGUGCCUUUCGUUGGUGGACGGUCACUCGCGCAUGCGGCGUGGCGCUGCUGUGCAGUUGUUCUGCGCGCCGCACCCCCCCAGACGGGCUCGCGCCCCUCCACAAGCUCCACCCCGUCUGCGAUGGACCGCUCCCAGAGAUGAGAAAGUUGUCAAAAAUGAUAGCUCCGAUGAAAUAUCAGAUGAGGAGGAAGAAUCAAGCAGCCUGCCUCAGCACGUGUCUCGCCUCAAUGUACCUUCACAACGUGUUCGUUCGCGACAUAAGAGCAGUAGUCGGGCGCGAUCCCUUUCCAAAGCUCAAGAUACGAUGGCUGAUGACAGCAAUUCCACAGAAAAUCGCGCGUCAUCCCAUUCUAGAUACUACAAAGUGCAACGUUCGGAACUAGGAAAAGGGAUUAUAUAUCUACCCAAAGAAUUCAAUCCAGCUGCGUCGAUUCAAGCGCUCGAAAUGUUGGACAACUUCAGAACGAAAUGUUUCUUUAGUAAAGCGGAAGAUAAAAGGCAAACGUUACCAAAAUCAACUGAAAACAUUACCAAGUUGAACUUCUAUCCAGUGAAUGCAGCGUCUAAAGAGAAUUCCGAUGAGACAGCUUUCACUAACCACAUGUUUCUCGCAUCCUACGACCAAGGUUACUUGAAAAAGUUUAGAGAGGACGCGCAUUUGGACAACGUUUUGAAAGAGAGGAAGAACAGAAUGUUCAACUCGAGGUACACGACGGACGCGGCGAUUUAUAAACAGUUCGUAACGGAGAGUCGACAGCAGGACAUGUUGGUGAUUGGUUGUUUGAUUGUAGAAAUAUUCCUGCACACGUACAUGCGUCCGUUGCGAAUAAACAACGACAGCUUCACAGAACGAUAUAACUGUUGUCGAACCGUGUUGAAAUACAAUUUUAGUUCGUUGCCGAAAUGCGUCAGUUAUAUAGCAUCGUUGCUUCUUAACGUACAACCGCCAACGCUAAGCUUCAAGAAUGAGUUGGUACCCAAGGACGAGCAACCGAAGAAAGUUAUUGUCGCAGAUAAAGGGUUACCGCCUCCAACGCCUGCGCAACUGCUUCAACCUUUACUGAUGCAGCAUUUGAUACCGUUCCCCCAAAGUUUUAAUGUAUUAUACAACCUGUUAAGCACGUUGCAUGAAUACGAACUGACAAGCAAUGAACUCAACUUGUUAUAUAUGUACGAAUGUGAUGGGACACAAUGCGAGAAAUACCAGAAUGUAGACAAAACAAAACUUUAUUUCAACCAGAGAAUCGCUGAAGGUAAAAUCCAAGCCUGUAUCACUCAUUUAGCUGUCCUAUUGAAUCAGGUAAAUAGCGUCAACCAAUUCGACGUUCUGGACAUUUUUUUGUCACAUUAUAUAGAGUUGUUGGAGAGCAAGAACACGUCAAUUUUGGCUGCUUGGUACUUAUUUGACACAGUUAGUAAAGCAUUGGGGCCGGCUGAAACGCGAAAAAAACUGCUAAAAUAUAUUUUGAAUUUAUACGAAGAUGACGAAUUUGUUUACGAUAAAUCAGAACAGCACAAACUGACGGACUUAGAUUCGUCGGCACAUGGCGCAAUGGCAACGAAGCAUAAGUUCGUGAAGCUGUACCACAAUAUUUUCCUUUUACAAUUGAUGGUUAGGUUUGGGCUUCAGUGCUUCUUGGACAAUUUUACACAGCAUUUAGUAGAAGCUGUGGGCGGAUAUAAAGACGUUUGUUCGGAAGUGGGGUCGCCAGGUCAUCUAUGUCACAACCGUUCAAUGGCAAAUAAGAAGCCGAGGUAUUCUGAUGACAACGUUAAAAAUGCUCUUACAACCACGUCAGACAUAUUUUCGCCGGACACGUCGUACGGUUCUGAACACGUGGCUACACCAAGCAUAGAAAGAACUAUGACGGAAGUUAGUGAGGUCUUAAAGGAAAAAGAUGUUGACAGCAGAAGUGAGAACGAACUGUUUCAUUUUGAAAUGGACAAAGACCGGCAACCAAGCCGCAGUAGCAGAAGUAGGUCUCCUACCGGCUCAAUAAGUUCAAAUCAUUCCAAAGAGCCAAAUACACUACAUACUCCGUCACCAUCGUCAGAAUAUUAUUCACCAGGGAACUCUAGAUUCUUUACUCCUAACGUUUCAAGUCAGUCGAAUUACAAAGAAUUUAAUGUGCAAGCGGUAAAGGAUGAAAUUCGCGAAUCAAUUGUAGAAACACCACUAAAAGUGUCUACGUCGCCUCCUAUAGAUGUUCCACAACGACCCAUGUUUACCAGUUACUUGCAUUUUGCUGAGGAAGACUCAAAAUCCGAAGAUAUCGAAGUGGAAAAUGAAAUUAAAAGUGAAGAUGUUUAUUCAGAUAAUAAACUCCCACGAAACUUUAGAAAUGAAGAUACUGGCAAAGUUUAUGAUGAAUCAAAUUCAUAUAAAAUAUCAGAUAUGAGUUCAGAAAGCUUAAUAUGGCUAUCGAACAGGCUGGGGCCGGUAUUAACUUGCAGGUACAUAACUCGGAAUCUACUCAAAAUGCUCACGUUGUGUUAUAUUGGUAAAGAAAAUUUAUCAUGUUGGGAGAGCGAAUAUAGGGACGAGUUCGACGAAAUCUCAGUAGUGAACAGCAAAGUUGUGGGGGACAGGAACGCUAUGAAAGUAAUAAAGUGCCUCACUUCUAUUGUCGAGAUGUACGGCGAGCAGCUGAUGAUGUUCCAGUACCUGCCGCACGUAGGCGAGCUGAUCGCAUCGUGCCGGCGGCGGCUGUCGGCACCGCUGGAAGGUGGCGUCGUGGCGUGCCUGCAGCUGCUCAAGUACCUGCUGCCCUACAUGUCUGACGUUAAGGUCAUGGAACAGCUGCAGGACACGUUCCUGAAGUCGAUCCUGCAGCCUGCGCUCAGGCUGGCGUCUACGGCGCGCUGCUCGUACCCGAGCGGGGCCGCGGCGCGCGCCGCGCUCGCGCGCAGGCUGCUGGACGCGCUGCACGCGCUCGCGCUGCGCGUCGGGCCCGAGAUGACAAGGAAGCACCUCUGCGUGCCCGCUCUGCAGAGAUUUUUCUUGGCAUUUGACAAGGCUACGGGCAAAAUGGAUAACUGGCCGAAACAGGAUGAAAUCAAUGUUGAUAAGCCUACAGAGCCAGAGUGCACGGAAACGAAGUUAGAGGGAUUCCUCGAGAUAUGUCGCGAUGGCAGUACCGCGGAAUGGGCGGUUCGCGAUGGAAGGGUAGUUCGGGCUGAUCUGCCGGAACUGGCAUGUUCUCCACCAGAGCAGCCCGAACAAAAUGACGCUGCUGGCCUCACCGCGCAAGAAGAACUUUUAGUGGUGUUUGACGAAGAACUGGCAUACCAAGCUUACACCACAUUUGCCAGGUUCAUAGGCACGGAGGCUCUAGACCGUUGUUUGAAGAAUAACGAUACAAUACGCGCUUUGUGCCAGAAAUAUAAGCAGACACAUUCCAUCAGUUCACCCCUGCAUAUAAAUCGCCAAGAAAAACUACGGUAUCAGUCGUCGUUCAGUGACGAACCGAUCAACCGAAAGGUCACGCUCACUCCGACGAAGAGCGACGUUACGAUGGACCACGUGUCCAGCUCCAACAGCUUCGGUUCCAAUGUCACUUUAGUGGGCAACAGGAUAGAUGUCGCCACGGACGCAGUCGAAGGCGCCAACGGACAAGCGUGUGGCUUCGAUGCCGUGGCGUAUAAGAUGUGUAAUGGCGUAAAAAGUGAUAGACAUCUCCGAGGCGACUGGUUGAUCUACUGGGAGCAUGAAAUAGGCCGGCCCGAUAAGGACCCCCGCUUUAACUUGAAACAGAUAAAGCUGCAGACAUUCUUGGGACACACGCAUUCAGUCAAGUCGAUACACUGCCUGGAUAACGAGAAUAGCUUCAUGAGCGGGUCGAAGGACAAAACGGUCAAGCUCUGGUCUUUGAGAAAUCAUGGCGACGGCAACGCUACUACCCAGUGUAAUUGGACCUACACAGGACACAAAAAAGGGGUACUGUCUUUGGCUUUCUUGGAAUCGCUUCGCCUCGCCGUGUCGACUGAUUCAGUUGUACAUAUUUGGGACCCUUUCAUGGAGAGUGUCGUUUCACAGUUGGACAACAUAAAGUCCGCGGUGAGCAUCGUCCGCACGUUGCCGGGCCCGUCCGCAGUGCUGGUGGCCGCCACCACCGACGCCACGCUGCGUCUGGUCGACGCCAGGGCCGCCAACUGCUCACACGAACUCAAGCUGGCGAGCGCGGCGACGACGUUCAUCCGCUGCAUGUGCAUCUGCGCGUCGGGCGCGUGGGUGGCGUGCGGGCUGGCCGGCGGACACGUGGCCGUGCUCGACACGCGCAGCGGCCGCCCGCUCGCCGCCUGGCGCGCGCACGACGCAGAGGUGCUUCGGUUAGCAGCCGUAGAUGAUCACAGGUUGCUGAGUUCAGGGCUAGAUCAAGUCACUGCCCUCUGGCGCGUUGACGACGGGGAGUUGAUCGCGCAUCUCAAAGGCAGUACAGAGCCAGUGCACUGUCUCUCGGUAUACUACAACGAACUGAUCUCAGGAACGACCAAUAACCGCAUUGGUGUGCACACGUCCUUGGAUCAGGACGCCUCCUUCUCCAGCACCAAGCUGCGCUCGGACACAUUCAAGGGCGUGCUCACUUGUAUGUCAGUGCUGCCCCUUAACAGGCUCUUACUUCUUGGCAGUGAUAACGGCACCAUCAGUUUGCUUUGCUGA